AUUCGACUUGCAAAAGAACGCUCUUGGAGUCAGCAACAACGUCGUAAAGUUUCGAACUGUUUCAUCGCUUGGAUUCUAACUGCCAUCUUUCCCCAUCUUUUGCCUCCUCACCUGCACCUGCUCAUCGCCGCCUUACCACUGGUGCAGCCGUAGCAGCAGCAGCAGAAGCAGCAGCAGCACCAGAAGGAGGAGCAGACUCAGCAACAGCAGCAGCAGCAGUAGCAGCAGCAGCAGCAGCAGCUGAAGGAGCAGCAGCAGCAGCAGCAGCAACAGCGGCAGCAGCAGCAGUGGCAGCAGCAGCAGCGGCAGCAGCAGCCACAGCAACAGCAGCAGCAACAGCAGCAGCAGAAGGAGCAGCAGCAGCAGCAGCAGCAGCAGCAGCAGCAUCUACAGCCAUCCCCAUCCUCCCCUCCUCUUUGAGCCGCCGCGGGUCCACCCGCCGCCGCUCCCUCCCGGCCACCGCGGGUCCACCCGCCUCACACAGCCGCGUCGUGGCGGGCGCCCACGUGGCGGCCGCACCAACCCUCAGGGAGGGGGUGGAGGUGGCGGUUGUGGGGGCAGCGGAGCCGGCGGCGGUGGUGGCGGGGUCGAGGGUGGCAGCAGUGGUGGUGGUGGAGGCAGUAGUGGCUCAUCUGGUAGCCGUGGGCGGGUGAGCGCUGCACCCAAACCAACCAU